AUUGGCAACACUGAGUUCGGUUUUAAUUAGGUGUAUUCAAUAAUUUUUGAUGCAUGUUGGGCACUAGAAUUUGCAAUACGUUUCAAGAGAGGAUAACCGAACUGUUGACCAUAUAACUAAAAUGGUCUUGGACAAGAAAGAGGAGCUGCAGACGUGAUCAGUAAUCCCUCUACCUAUCAAAAUUUGCUGAGUUAAACUGAAUCAGAUAAAGGAUGAUUACCAACAGCAAAGCCUACCAUGUUACGAGGUUGAGUCAAUUUUGGGCAUAUUUCUGUUUGAUAUUUCUGGGUUUAAGUUUCCACAUUCGUCGAAGAACGUUUGUGUCUGCAGAAAGCUUAGCUUAUCUUCCAACAGAAAGCAUAUUUCUCGACUGUGGUUCUUCAGCAAAGCAAAGCCUAUCAUUGGGAAGGAACUGGUCAUCUGACAUCGGCUCACAGUUCAUUGCUUCUAAAUCAGAUAGCGACUCCAUUAUCACCACUGCCUCUAAAGGAAUGACAGUCCCUUACAUCACUGCAAGGCUUUUCUACACCAAAUUUUCUUACACCUUUAAUGUCACCCCAGGCCCAAAGUUCAUUCGUCUCCACUUCUAUUCAGAUUCUUAUCAGGGUCUCAAUGCUUCUCAAUCUUUUCUCACUGUCACAGCCGGUCGCUACACACUCUUGAGAAACUUCAGUUGCUACCUUACUGCCAAAUACUUGAAAACCGAUCACUUUUUCAAGGAAUACAUCGUUUAUGUUGAAAAUCAUACACUGGAGUUGAUGUUCAGCCCAACUUCAAAUCCUCCUAAUGCUUAUGGCUUCGUAAACGGAAUCGAAGUUGUUUCGAUGCCGCUUCAGCUUUACAUUCCUGGCGAUGACGUGCCCCUUCCUUUCGUUGGCUUCCAUAAUAACAUGCUUGCAAUUGACAAGAAGUUUGCCCUGGAAAUGGUUUACAGAGCAAACGUAGGAGGCCAAACCAUUUCUCCGGAUCAAGAUACGGGGAUGUUCCGAACUUGGAACGAUGAUGCCAGUUACAUAUUCGGAGCUGCUUUCGGCCAGCUUGAUUAUGAUACCACUGUUUCAAUUCAAUAUCCCAAGACGGUUCCGGCUUAUACAGCACCCGAAGAUGUCUAUCGAACUGCCCGAUCAAUGGGUCAGUACAACGAGAUCAACAUGAACUAUAACUUAAGCUGGUUCUUUCCGGUUGAUACUGGUUUUUUGUAUCUAGUAAGGCUCCAUUUCUGUGAGAUUGUGCCCGAUUUGACCUUGGGGAACCAGAGGGUGUUUUUCAUAUUCAUCAAUAAUCAAACAGCUGAAACACAGGCAGAUGUGAUUGUAUGGAGUAAAGGGCAUGGUGUUGCUGUCUAUCGAGACUACAUCGUGAUGGUUCCGUCGCAAGCUGCCCGAAAGCAGGACUUAUGGCUCGAGCUACACCCCAACAUCCAAGUAAAGCCAGAGUACUAUGAUGCGAUCUUAAAUGGAUUGGAGAUAUUCAAGAUCAGCAACUAUGAUGGCAACCUUGCUGGAUUUAACCCUCCCUUAGAUGAGUCUAAUAUUCAACAAGCUUCUUCUCCUGCACUAUCAAAAAAGUCCAAGAAAGGAUUGCAAAAUGGGAUUAAGUACUCAAUUAGCGGGGGUUUACUAUUUAUUUUAUGUCUCUUUGUUUUAAUAUUUAUCAAAAAAAGGAGAAAAUGGAAGAUGAAGAACACCAAGGAUUCAUCUCCCUGCAAUAAUUUUCAUGCUGAUGAUAUUACAAAGGCAACUAACAACUUCGAUGAAUCACUGGUUAUUUACAACUUGGACAUGGGGAAGGUUUACAAAGGUGAAAUAAAUGGUACUGCAGUAGCUAUCCUUCGAGGGGUUAAAGAAAUAUCAGAACAAGAUUUCAAAGAAGGGAUAAAAAUGCUCUCUCAAACUCACCAUCACAACAUCGUCUCUCUUUUAGGUUACUGUCAAGAGGACUCUGAGAAGAUCCUGGUAUAUGAAUACAUGGAUAAUGGUGCCCUUUCUGAUCAUCUUCAUGAUCAUUCGAAGCAUCUGUCAUGGAACCAGAGGCUUGAAAUUUGUGUUGGAGCUGCAAGAGGCUUGCACUACCUGCAUACCGGCAAAAAUCGACCCAUUGUUCAUGGUGAUAUCAGUACUUCCAGUAUCUUGUUAGAUGUAAACUGGACAGCCAAGAUCUUGAGCUUUGGGUUUACCAUGGCAUCCCACAACAGUGAUGGCUACAGUAUCCACAUUGGUUCUCAAACUGAUGUGUAUUCAUUUGGGUUGGUUCUGUUGGAAGUAUUCUCCGGAAGGGCGGCGCCGCUGAAUCUGAAAACAGAGAACGAAGGGAACAGCGGCAGCAAUGGUGACGAUGAUAACGAAAGUCUUAUUCCACCCGCAUCAGAUUGCCUUGAGAAGGGAGAUGUUGAUCAACUCCUGGAUCAAAGUUUGAAAGGGAAGAUCUCAUUGGAAUCUGUUGGGAACUUUGUGAAGAUCACGAAACAAUGCUUGGCAAAGAAAGAGGUGAAGCGGCCAUCCAUGAGUGAGGUGCUUUACAGCUUAGAGCGACUGCAAAUGAGCCAGGAUAAUGAGUCGAACGAGUCAUCGCCCAAGGGGUUAUACCCAGAAAGCUGCUCAGAUUUGAUGAUAGGUGUGGAGUUCUCUGAUAUGUUGAUGUCUAGUGGACGUUGAAAACUAAGUCCUUAAUCAACAGAACAAUAUCAACAAAAUAGAAUGCGAUGCAGGGGAAUUGGAAUCUGUGCAGAUUGUUAGGAGGAAUGUGAGAUACAGAUUAGAUUGCAUCAAAUACUUAGUUAUGUUUCUGGGGAUUUUAACCUCUUGGGGCAUUGGACUCCCUAAACAUGUGGUAUUAUUCUUGGGUCGAAAUGGAAUUUUGGCUAAAUCAAGUGGUAUCAUGCCUUUCUCUAGUGAUCUAUAUACUCUAGAUUAAAGGUUCAAAUCCUAUCAAUGAUGCCAAGCAUAAUCUAUCGACGAGAAUAUCUCGAUUUUUAAAUCUAUUGUCUAUCAAGUGUUCAAACUUUCCACAAAGUCAGAAGGUGAAGUCUCAGGUCAAUCUGAGAUAAUGCCAACUUGUUAAAGAAGUCCAACGAUCCCAAAAUGUUAAAUUCCCUUCGUGUAAAUUCAAAAUUAGAUAUCUAGAGCUUGAAAUAAAUGUAUAGGUGUAAAUAA